AUGGCCAGAAGACCAGGCAGAUGUUAUAGAUAUCUUUCAAAGAAAGCUUAUCAUAAAUCAAGAUUCUGUAAAUCUGUACCAGAUUUAAAAAUUAAGAUAUGGGAUUCAGGACGAAGAAAGGCAGAAGUACUAGAUUUUCCUGCUUGUAUUAAUUUAGUAAGCCAUGCUAGGGAAAAUAUCUCUGAGCAAGCACUCGAUGCUGCAAGAAUAGCUGCCCAUCAUUACAUGGUAAAGACAGCAGGUAGAGAUAACUUUCAUUUAAGAGUUAAUGUAUACCCAUUUCAUGUUUUAAGAAUUAAUAAAAUGUUGAGUUGUGCAGGUGCUGACAGAUUGCAGACAGGCAUGAGGCAGAGUUUUGGUAAACCGGAGGGAAGGGUUGCCAGAAUAUUUUUUGAUCAAGUUGUUAUGAGUAUUAGAACUAAAAAAGGAAAUGAAGCUGCGGCAGUAGAAGCUUUAAGAAGAAGUAAACAUAAAUUUCCUGGUAGAUAUGAAGUACAAGUUAGUAGUAAAUUUGGGUUUACAGGUAUUCAGACAGAUGAGUUUAACAGAUUGAGAGAACAAGGAUGUCUUCUUGCUAAUGGGAAUACAGUAGCAGUAUUAAAAGAGAAAGGUCCUAUUAGUGAAUACAUGAAGAAACUUCAGAGACAGCUUCAAUAA